AUGCGCCUGCUCUGGCUGUCGCUGGCGUGCGCGCAUGCGCUCCACGAGCCGCUCAGCGACUACCUGGACCACCGCUGGGUCGCGGCGCAGGUCGGCGACGACGCCGUGCUCAUCAAGGUCGGCCCGGCGGACACGGAGCCGCGGCUCGCGGCGGAGAUCGUCUGCCGGGACGCGUCGCCCGAGGAUGCCGACGUCUUCGCCGACUGCGCCGCGCACCUCCAGGCGUUGAUCGACGCCGACGUCGGCGCGUCGCCGUCGUUCAACGCCGCCUUCUUCGGCCGAGUCCACGAAGACGCACCGCAGGUCCACGUCGGCGUCGGCGGCGGCGAACGGGGCCCGCGGGUCCUAUUGGAGCCGCCCGCGGCCGUGUCGCGGUCCGACGCCCUCGUGCUCCGCUGGCGGUUGGACGAACCGUUCGAGGUCGGCGCGGACGGCGUCGUCUGCGUCGUCGUCAUGGCCGAGCGGGCCGGCGGCGCGGCGCCGGCGAAGAUGGUCACGGCCGUCGCGCUCGCGCGCGCGGAGCCCCUCACGGUCUUCGGCCUGCGGCCCGCGGCCUACGUGGUCUACGCCCAGGUCCGCGACGCCGCCACGGGCGCCGCGCGCGGCCCGCUGACCGCGCUCCGGCACGCGCUCGUCGCGACCGCUGGCCCGAUCGACCGCGCCGGCGAGGCCUGCGCGUCCGACGGGCGCAAGCACCGCCUCCUGGACAUGCCCGACGCCUGCGCGGCGCCGGACGACCCGACGCGGACGCCCUGGCUCCGCGUCGGCGUCGCGGGCGCGGACGGCCGCCAGGGCGCGCGCGUCGCCGCGGGCCGCCUCCUCGACGGCGACCUGGACCUCGUCUUCCGCUACGACCCGCGCGUCGCGGCGCGCGCGGCGCGGACGCUCGGCGUCGCCGUCGGCGACCUCGACGGCUGCGUCCACCUCGGCAGCCACGAGGAGAACGACGUCGGCGUCCUGCUGGGCUGCGUCGGCCUCUCCGCGGCGGCGCCGACGGCCCGGCUCCGCGUCGGCGCGCCCAUCGUGCGACGGCGGCUCGAGGCGCUCGUCGACGCCGUCCGCGUCUUCACGACGCGCGCGGCGGGCGGCGACGGCGCGAACGACGCCGCGCCCGUGGUCCUGACGGCGCACGCGCAAGUCGGACAGGCCGGCGCGUCGGCGACGGCGCCGACGGCCUUCGCCGUGCCCCUCGGCUGGGACGAGGCGCCGGAGGCGACGUCGGGGUUCCCGGACCUCGACGCGCUGCGCCGCGUCGUCGCGCCCUUCGAGACGCGCGUCGGCGGGUCGCUCGACAAGCCCCGGAAGCAGAAAGCCAUCCGCGACGCCGUCGCCGCGGCGGCGGCGCGGAUGGCCCCGGGCGACCGGCCGCUCCACUGCGAGACGGGCUUCAACGCGGGCUACUCGGCGUCCGCGGCUUUGAGCGCGGGCGCGGACGUCAUGGCCUUCGACGUCGGGCACCUGGCGGCCGUGCACGUGGGCCUCGACGUGUUGCGGCGGUCCUUCCCGGGCCAGAGCCUCGAGCUCCACGUCGGCGACAGCUGCAAGAGCCUCGCGGGGCUCCUCGAGUUCGGGAACCGGCUCCGGCGCCCGGGCUCGCUGCGGCCCCUGGAGUGCGACGUCGUCUUCGUCGACGGCGGCCACGACUUCGAGCCCGCGGACUGCGACGUGCGGCUGUUGAGCGCGCUCGCGCGCGAAAACGCGACGGUCAUCGUCGACGACGUCAACGCCGACUGCGAGACGGUGCACCGGCCGGGCCUCUGCGACGGGCCGCUGCUGGCGUGGCGGGCCGCGGCGGCGGACGGGCUCCUCGCCGACGGCGUCUGCGACGACGAGGGGUUCUGCGUGGCGACCUACGCGGCGCGGGACGCGUCGAUGCUCGCGUCCAUCGCGGAGCGGCGGGCCGUCCUCGACGAGCUCGGCUUCGAAUAA